AUGGAGGCCCAGGGCCCGGCGGGGGGCGAGCCUCCCUCCAUGGCGGACGUGCGCGCUCCUGGCGGCGUCGACGCGGACGCCGAAGCUGGCGCGCGUGCCGUAUGGAAUGCCGUAGCUGGAGAGGCAGGUACAGAGGCGCAAUAUGAGGCGCGUGUGCGGGGGAAGAAGGUGGUGCUGGGCAAUGCCAACCGACGAGCGCCACCGCCAGCGACGCCGGCCCUGGCGCGCCAGCAGGCGAAAGCGCGACGCCGUGCUGCCGUGCCGCGCGGAACACCCCGACAGAGGUCGAAGCGUGCACGAAUUUACGCGCAAGAUACCCUGACCAGCGCACAGAUCGAGCCGCUGCGGACGCUGUGGACAACGUACAUCCAGGACAUGCUGCGUGUACGGGACAUGACGCGUGCCGAGGCAGAGGCGCAGCUGAGCAAUGCAAUGUGGGUGCAGCAGGUACAGAAUGCGCUCCUCAAGGCCGAUUGGACCGGCGCGCUCGUGCAAGUAGUGCGCUCCACCCAGCCCACACUGGUGCAUGUGCAUGGCACCGUUCUCGCGGAGACACACGAGACGCUGCAGGUGCUGCCGCCCACUACGCAGCCGAUGCGGCCGCAGUGUGCGUAUGCUCGACUAACAAAAGGUAUCCCAAAGCACAAUACCGUGUUUCGCAUAGAUAUCCCGCUGCAAGACGGUACACUUACGAUGGAUGUCCACGGCAACCAGGUUCGGUACACCCUCCCUGCCCGCGCGACCCGCAAACACAAGGCAAAAAAAACUGUAGAACUGUAA